GCCACUCCGCGGCCCCGAUGCCGAGGCAUGGAUAGAGCGGCACUGCGCGCUGCGAUGGGGGAGGAGGAUGGCGGAACGGGGGACGCGGAUGGGGGCGCCGGGGCCGCGGCCAGCCGGGCGCUGCAGCAGUGCGGGCAGCUCCAGAAGCUCAUCGACAUCUCCAUCAGCAGCCUGCGCGGGCUGCGCACCAAAUGCUCCGCGUCCAAUGACCUCACCCAGCAGGAGAUCCGGACCCUGGAGGCGAAGCUGGUCCGCUACACCUGCAAGCAGCGGCAGUGCAAGCUGGGCGUGCCCCCUGGCAAGAGGAGCCCGGAGCUCAACAGCUACCCCCGCUUCUGCGACUGGCUGUACAUCUUCAAUGUGAGCCCGCAGGUGGUGCAGGAGAUCCCCAGCGAGCUCACGCUGGACGCCCUGCUGGACAUGGACGAGGCCAAGGUGAAGGAGACGCUGAGGCGCUGCGGGGCCAGCAGCGAGGAAUGCGGCCGCCUGCAGCAAGCCCUCACCUGCCUGCGGAAAGUGACAGGCCUGGGAGGGGAGCGCCGAGAAGACUCACGCUGGAGCCCGAUGGAUGUCCGGCGGGAAAGUGGCUCUGGGCCACCCCCAGACACGCUCUCACCAGCCAGCCUGCCCUGGGCCCCAGGGAGUUCCCAGCUGGGCCGAGGGGCCAGCGGUGCCCAGGGCCCACGCUCCAUCUCUGUGUCAACUCUGCCCACCGCGGACUCCCCAGCCCCCGGCCUCAGCGAGGGCCUCUCGGACACCUGCAUCCCCCUGCACGCCAGCGGCCGGCUGACCCCCCGCACCCUGCACAGCUUCAUCACGCCCCCAACCACACCCCAGCUGCGCCGGCACACCAAGCUGAAGCCACCACGGACCCCGCCCCCGCCCAGCCGCAAGGUCUUCCAGCUGCUGCCCAGCUUCCCCACACUCACCCGGAGCAAGUCCCACGAGUCCCAGCUGGGGAACCGCAUCGAUGAGGUCUCCCCGAUGAGGCUUGAUCUCUCGCACGGGUCCCCACAGAUGGUACGAAGGGACAUCGGACUCCCCGUGACGCACAGGUUCUCCACCAAGUCCUGGCUGUCCCAGGUGUGCCACGUGUGUCAGAAGAACAUGAUGUUCGGGGUGAAGUGCAAGUACUGCAGGUUGAAGUGUCACAACAAGUGCACGAAAGAAGCCCCGGCCUGUCGGAUAUCCUUCCUGCCACCAGCACCCCGCCUCCGGAGGACAGAGUCCGUCCCUUCAGACAUCAACAACCCCGUGGACCGAGCAGCCGAGCCCCACUUUGGCACGCUCCCCAAAGCACUCACAAAGAAGGAGCACCCUGCCGCCAUGAACCACCUGGACUCCAGCAGCAACCCGUCCUCCACCACCUCCUCCACGCCCUCCUCGCCGGCGCUCUUCCCAACGUCCUCCAACCCCUCCAGCGCCACCACGCCCCCCAACCCCUCGCCCAGCCUGAGGGACAGCAGGUUCAACUUUCCAGCUGCCUGCUUCAUUCACCACAGACAGCAGUUUAUCUUCCCAGACAUUUCUGCCUUCCCGCCGGCAGCCCCACCUCCCGAGGCAGCAGACAGCACCCGGCCCCCCGAUCAGCCCAAAGCAGACCUGUUGGAGGAUCACGAAGCGGAGGCCGAGGAGCCAGAGGCCAGCAAAUCCGAGGCAGAAGACGAUGAGGAUGAGGUGGACGACCUGCCGAGCUCCCACCGGACCUGGCGAGGCCCCAUCUCUCGCAAAGCCAGCCAGACCAGCGUGUACUUGCAGGAGUGGGAUAUCCCCUUUGAGCAGGUGGAGCUGGGCGAGCCCAUUGGGCAGGGCCGCUGGGGCCGGGUGCACCGUGGCCGCUGGCACGGCGAGGUGGCCAUCCGCCUGCUGGAGAUGGACGGCCACAACCAGGAUCACCUGAAGCUGUUCAAGAAGGAGGUGAUGAAUUACCGGCAGACGCGGCACGAGAACGUGGUGCUCUUCAUGGGGGCCUGCAUGGACCCUCCCCACCUGGCCAUCAUCACCAGCUUCUGCAAGGGGCGGACGCUGCACUCCUUUGUGAGGGACCCCAAGACGUCCCUGGACAUCAACAAGACACGGCAGAUCGCUCAGGAGAUCAUUAAGGGCAUGGGGUACCUCCACGCCAAAGGCAUCGUACACAAGGACCUCAAAUCCAAGAACGUCUUCUAUGACAAUGGCAAAGUGGUCAUCACCGACUUCGGACUCUUUGGGAUCUCAGGCGUGGUGCGAGAGGAGCGGCGUGAGAACCAGCUGAAGUUGUCACACGACUGGCUGUGCUACCUGGCCCCUGAGAUCGUGCGGGAGAUGAUGCCCGGCAAGGAUGAGGACAAGCUGCCGUUCUCCAAAGCCGCUGAUGUCUACGCGUUUGGGACUAUCUGGUAUGAGCUACAAGCAAGAGACUGGCCCUUUAAGAAGCAAGCAGCAGAGGCCAUGAUCUGGCAGGUCGGAAGUGGGGAAGGCAUGAAGCGGGUCCUGGCCUCAGUCAGCCUGGGGAAGGAAGUCAGCGAGAUCCUGUCUGCCUGCUGGGCGCUGGACCUGCAGGAGCGGCCCAGCUUCCCCCUGCUGAUGGACAUGCUGGAGAAACUGCCCAAGCUGAACCGGCGCCUCUCCCACCCCGGGCACUUCUGGAAGUCAGCCGACCGCUGGCGGAGCCGCUACUACGGAAAAGGACGCUACGGCCAUGCUGACUUUAAGAGCCCCUGUCCGGUUCUGCAAGAAUACAUCAGUAGCAGCAAAGUGUCACCCCGCUUUGAGAGGUUGGGCCUGGGCGUCCUGGAGCCCAGUAAUCCCAAGAUGUAGCCAGGCGUGCAGGUCUCCUGCUGCAAUGGCUUUGUCGAACCGAUUCUGUGAGCCACCCAGACUAAAAAGCAAACUCGCUCUCUGAAGCACCAGCCACCCUCCUGGCCCUCCCGGCGCUGCAAACCCGGAGCCCGAGCCUCAGUACAGACUGCUGCCCCCCGGGGAUGCCUGGGUCCUGCGGAGAUGGAGCUGCUGCUGCUGCUGCUGCAAAUGGCGCCAACCCGCCCCCACCCCAACCUGUCCAGACAGGCAGCCAAUGUUUACAUACAUGUUUCUGCUGCAUGCGGGCGAUGUUUUACAAGAGGUAAUAAUAAAGACGGCCAGUCUCUGUGUACAGGGCCCCGGGCCCCGCCCACUGGGAUGGUGAGGGUCAGCCCCAUGGGUGGGGAGUGGGGUGGGGGGCACUGCAGCAGAGCAGGAGGAGCAAUGAGGUGGUUGGCUGGUCCUAGGGACAAGGGCGCCAGAGGGGUUCUCUAGGGUCCUCCACUGACCCCCGUCCUCAUCUUGGAGCGGAAACCCUGACUGGGAGCUGCGCUCUCCAAGGGCAGAGGGGAGGGGUGGGCAGUUCCUGCU